AUGUACCAAGAUGAACCCCCACCUGUCUUGUAUGGUUACUUGAAACCAAUUGUGGAGGGGGGACCAGAGUACCAAGAUGAACCCCCACCUGUCCAGUAUGGUGACUUGCAACAAAUUGUGGAGGUGGGACCAGAGUACCAAGAUAAACCCCCACCUGUCCGGCAUGGUGACUGGCAACCAAUUGUGGAGGGGGGACCAGAGUACCAAGAUGAACCCCCACCUGUCCGGUAUGGUGACUUGCAACCAAUUGUGGAGGGGGAAUCUGAGUACCAAGAUGAACCCCCACCUGUCUGGUAUGGUGACUUGCAACCAAUUGUGGAGGGGCGACCAGAGUACCAAGAUGAACCCCCACCUGUCCGGUAUGGUGACUUGCAACCAAUUGUGGAGGUGGGACCAGAGUACCAAGAUGAACCUCCACCUGUCCGGUAUGGUGACUUGCAAUCAAUUGUGGAGGUGGGACCAGAGUACCAAGAUGAACCCCCACCUGUCCGGUAUGGUGACUUGCAACCAAUUGUGGAGGUGGGACCAGAGUACUAA